UUUGACACAGGACAGCAGCAGCUCAACUGUUGCAUAGCGGAGCCUGAACAUUACCUAACUCCUGAAGGUUUCCUCAUGUUAGAGUAGAAAAAUGUUGUUCAGUCCGACGGGUUUGACUGAGUGUUUACGAGAAUGGGAAGAUUUAGAGAAAAACUACCAACAAAUUCAGGAUACACAUCGUCUCUAUAAACAGAAGCUGGAAGAAGUGACCAAGCUGCAGGACAGCUGCUCCGGCGCUAUAGCACGUCAGAGGAAGAAACUGAAAGAGCUCACUGUGUCACUAGAAGAAUGCAAAGAAAAUCAUCCAACACCCAAAUUAAGUCCAGAGGAUGUGGAAACCAUCGCUGACAUCCAGGACUCCAUCAAAGACAGAGCAAAUGCUUUCUCUGAGAUGGAAGCUUUUCUGCCAAAGAAGAACGGGUUAUACCUCACUCUUGUUUUAGGAAACGUGAAUGUAACACUCCUCAACAAACAGUCCAAAUUUGCCUACAAAGAUGAAUACGAGAAAUUUAAACUGGUCAUCACGGUCAUCCUCUUCGUGUUCUCCUUCACGUGUCGCUUCUUGUUCAGCUACAGAGCCUUAGAUGCCCUGUUCAACUUCCUGUUGGUGUGGUACUACUGCACGCUCACCAUCCGGGAGAGUAUCCUCAUCAGCAACGGCUCAAGGAUCAAAGGCUGGUGGGUUUUCCAUCACUACGUGUCGACCUUCCUGUCUGGAGUCAUGCUCACCUGGCCUGAAGGCGCUCUCUACCAGAUGUUUAGGAACCAGUUCCUAACAUACUGUCUAUACCAAAGCUUUGUCCAGUUCCUCCAGUACUACUACCAGAGUGGCUGUUUGUACAGACUGCGAGCGCUGGGAGAAAGACAUACCAUGGACCUUACAGUGGAGGGUUUCCAGUCCUGGAUGUGGAGAGGCCUGACCUUCCUCCUUCCUUUCCUGUUCUUUGGUCAUUUCUGGCAGCUCUACAACAGCAUAACACUCUUCCGGAUGUUUCAGCUCCCAGAGUGUAAAGAGUGGCAGGUUGCGAUGUGCGGCUGCUCUUACAUGGUGCUCUUCAUGGGAAACUUCUUCACCACACUGAGAGUGGUUUAUCAGAAAUACAUGAACAACCAGGACAAACCCAAGAGCCUAUAAGGACUGGAAUAAUGAGCGUGGAAGAAUCACCAAAAAUCCUCCUGUUUAUGAAAUGUGCAAAAUUACCAAUCGCUCUAAUAUUCUCUUUAGAGCUCUUUAUCAAUGUUAUGAUCGUUGUCUUGUGGAUCAUUUACAUGUAUUGCUACUUUUAUCACUGUUGAUUUCAUCUGUGUGUAAAGCACGUCAGAGCAGUGUCUUAUACGGGUAGGUUACACAUGUUUUCACACAGACCUGUCAAAGUAACAACUAGGUACACAGCAGGUGACACUGUAAGGUUGUUAUAGUGGUGGUUACUUUGAUAAGAAAGCAUUACUGAAUGAAAAUAACCAAGUUAUUUGCAUCAUAUUUAUUUUAGCGUCUGUUACUCAGCAGCUGCUUUGUGCUCAAUAAAACACUCCUGCAAAUCUCUG